AUAAGGCAUUUCUAUUGUAAUACAAGCUAAAAAAGCUUAGACUAGUGUGUGUGAGAGAGAGAGCGAUGAAGUUCUUGUUUCAAUGUCCUUGUUGCUCUUGUUUCUGCUUCAUGAAGCCGAAAAAGGGGAAACCGAAGGAGAAAGAAGCAAAACCAAAGGAUAAAGAAGCUAAACCGAAGGAGAAAGAAGCUAAACCGAAGGAGAAAGAAGCUAAAGAAACUAAACCGGUUGAGAAAGAAGCCAAGGACGAAAAGAAAACCGAGUGAAUCUCAAAAGCAGAUCCAAGUUUUGCUUGUGAUUCGACAUGCAUUAUACGAUUGGUAUUGCUAAAGCAAAUGUACUAUGUAGUCUUUGUUUUCAUAUAUGCAAAAUAAGUGUUUAAUUUAUCAUCUUUGUAGUGUUUUAUUUAUUUUAUAUUUAUAUCCAUAUGAUCUACUUUAAUUCAACAGGUCAUCUUGUGCUCAAGUUAAUGUUCUGCAUUGAUAAUGUUGUAUUAAGUUCCCAAAUUAGGAUUGUACAUGAUCUUUGUUCAUGGGAAAUUAUGAUUCUUGA